CUGCUCGGCUGCGCGGCUGCUCGGCUGCUCCGCUGCGCGGCCAGUGCGGGCGCCGCCGCCUCCCGCUCCCGCUCCCGCGACCUGCCGGCCGCCUCGGCCCUGCGCCCCCCUCCGCCGCCGCCGCCGCCGCCGCCGCCGCGGGAUCCCGAGCCGGGCUGGUUGUCCUUGCCGAAAGGAACCAUGAAUUGGCAUUUCUCCUUCUUCCUCGUGGCCACAGUGACCUUGCCCUCCGUGUGCUCCCAGUUCAACCCGCUGUCCCUGGAGGAGCUAGGCUCCAACACAGGAAUCCAGGUUUUCAACCAGAUUGUCCGAUCCCGGCCUCAUGACAACGUGGUUGUGUCCCCCCAUGGGAUCGCGUCCGUCCUGGGGAUGCUCCAGCUGGGAGCCGACGGCAGGACCAAGAAGCAGCUCACCACGGUGAUGAGAUACGGCGUGAACGGAGUCGGUAAAGUGUUAAAGAAGAUCAACAAGGCCAUCGGCUCCAAGAAGAAUAAAGACCUUGUGACCGUGGCCAACGCGGUGUUCGUGAAGAAUGGCUUUAAGAUGGAAGUGCCUUUUGUUACCAGGAACAAAGACGUGUUCCAGUGUGAAGUCCAGAACGUGAGCUUCGAGGAUCCGGCCUCUGCCUGCGACUCCAUCAACGUGUGGGUCAGGAACGAAACCAGGGGCAUGAUCGACAACCUGCUGUCCCCAAAUCUCAUCGAUGGUGCGCUCACAAGACUGGUCCUGGUCAAUGCCGUGUAUUUUAAGGGUUUGUGGAAAUCACGUUUCCAACCUGAGAACACAAAGAAACGCACGUUUGUGGCAGACGACGGGAAAUCCUAUCAAGUGCCCAUGCUAGCUCAGCUCUCUGUGUUCCGCUGCGGGUCCACAAGCACCCCCAAUGAUCUCUGGUACAACUUCAUCGAGCUCCCCUACCACGGCGAGAGCAUCAGCAUGCUGAUCGCGCUGCCCACCGAGAGCUCCACCCCGCUGUCGGCCAUCAUCCCGCACAUCAGCACCAAGACCAUAGACAGCUGGAUGAGCGCCAUGGUGCCCAAGAGGGUGCAGGUCAUCUUGCCCAAGUUCACAGCCGUAGCACAAACAGACCUGAAGGAGCCACUGAAAGCUCUCGGCAUCACAGAGAUGUUUGAUCCGUCAAAAGCAAAUUUUGCAAAAAUAACAAGGUCAGAAAACCUGCACGUGUCUCACAUCUUGCAGAAAGCAAAAAUCGAAGUCAGCGAAGACGGAACCAAAGCUUCAGCAGCAACAACCGCGAUUCUCAUCGCAAGGUCGUCACCUCCCUGGUUCAUAGUGGACCGGCCUUUCCUGUUUUUCAUCCGACACAAUCCCACAGGUGCCGUCUUGUUCAUGGGGCAGAUCUACAAACCCUGAAGAGUGUGAGAGAGAAACCAGGCAGAGCAAAGGCUCCUUUGGGGCGAAAACAAGACUCUUUUCCUGCAUCUUUCACAGUUCAGUUAAAUAUUUUUGUACAUUACUUUCUUUUUUUCAGAACUAGUUCUUAGGAACAGAGACUGAGUGACGCAGGCAUUUCGGUUCUGGGAGAUUUAUCAAAGGGAAAAAGGGGCGGACGGCUGGAGCACUGUACUGACAAAUGAAAAGAAAGGCUUCAAAAAGUUCUAAAAAAAAAAUCCUUUAAACUACUGAGCUAACCCUCUUGAGUAUUUACUGUCCAGUUCAGGAAUUUUGUUUUGUUUUGUUUACAUGUGUGGCAUUUCAGAAGAGAUUUAAUCAGUGUGAUAGGAGGGGGGAAAAUGAAAAAAAAAAAAACCACCUGCAGCAACACAUUUUAUGGUAGCUUUUACUUUUUUAUGAAAAGAAUAUUAUUGGCCGUUUUAAUUCUUUCGUUUUGGUCCCAUCCAAAGUCUUGAUAGUAAGCAUUAUUUUGGGGGUAGAAAUAGUGAAAUCUCUAGCCUCUUUGUGUGUUUUUGUUGUUGUUGUUUUAUAUAAUGCAUGUAUUCACUAAAAUAAAGUUUAAAAACUAAUGUCUUGCUAGACAAGGUUUGCUGUUGUGCAGUGUGCCUGUCACUACUGGUCUGUACUCUUUGGAUUUGCAUUUUUGUAUUUUGUACAAAGUAAAAAUAAAGUGUUAUGAGUAGUAAAAAAAAAAAUCC